UACUUGUCAGACGGUUGUUUUUUUUCUAUAUUCUAUUUCUUAUGAUCUUUUCUGUUAAAUUUAUUUAUAUUAAGUACAAAAUAUGUAAAAGUAAAAUUCUACUUGAUAAAUAAAGUGUGUAUUAGUGUAUAUUGUUAAUAAUGGCAGGUUUUGGAGAUUUCACUGGAUAUAAUAGGCCUUUUGGCUUAGAUCCAAAUAGAGAGACCAAUGAUUUGUAUGAUACCCGCUAUAAGCAAAUUUACGGAUAUCACACCCCAAUUACUGAAGAAUAUCAGGGACCUCCACUGAUUUUGGACGAUGCACCGGACGAAGAUAAUAGUUCAUAUGUCACAGCAGCAAUAAGUGUAGCAAGUCUUAUCACAGAAAAUUUGUUAAGCCAUCCAUUCAUUGUGUUGAGAAGACAAUGUCAGGUACAUAACAGUCUCAAGAGUUUUCACAUUGUACCAUACACACUGUUGCCAGUGGUUGUGAGAUUGCACAGGAGACAAGGCAUUACAACACUGUGGAAGGGAAUUGGCUCCACCUGUGUUGUAAAAGGUCUUAAUCUGGCUAUUGAAGAUGUGGUUGCUAAGGGAACAGGUUGGCCUAAGGAAGUUGGAAAAUGUAGUACCGUCUUACAAUACCUACAGCAUAUAACAUUAAAAUGUAUUAGUUUAGCAAUUAUUACACCAUUCUAUUCAGCCAGUCUGGUGGAAACUGUACAGAGUGACAUAGCAAGUGACAAACCAGCUCUUUUUGAUGUAUUUAGAGAAGGAUUUAUGCGCAUAUUGGAAUGGGGGACACCAAGUAAAGGUAGAAUGCUACCAAUAUGGGCAAUUGUUUUGCCUACAGCUGCUUUGGGAAUUUCCAAAUAUUUAGCACAUACAAUAAUAAGAAGUGUAACUGCAAGGGUUCUCAGAUUCCAACAAAGGCACAAACAUGAGCUGAAUGAUGCCUACAAUGUGAAUUAUAAAAAAAAUACACAAAAUCCUCUUAUAGAAGAUGUUAACUUGAAAGCCAACAUUUUCUCAUUCAUUACUAUGGAAAUAAUAUUCUAUCCCAUAGAAACAAUCAUACAUAGACUUCAUAUACAGGGCACAAGAACAAUCAUUGACAACCUAGAUACUGGAACAUCAGUUACCCCAAUUUUAACAGGAUAUGAGGGUUUUAUGGAUUGUUACAAUACAACUAUAGCCAGGGAAGGUGUUGCUGGCUUGUAUAAAGGUUUUGGCUCAUUAGUGCUUCAACUUGCUGCACAUUUGGCAAUUAUCAAAUUGACUACACUAGUUGUGGCAGAAGUAUCCAACCUCUUAAAGCCAGCAAAAUCACCAUCAAAUUCUGAGGACUCUGUACACUCACAACAAAUAUAUAUAUUCAAUUGAAUUAUAUUGAUGCAUCUAAUAUAAGACAUAUAUUGUUGGCACAUACAAUUGAUAGCAAGGAAUAAAAAAGUAUUGUCAUUUUCCAAAUAUAAUUUGGUCAAUAUAUAUACAUGAAUAAAUGUAAAUGAAUAAUAGGAAAAUAGUGGUUUAGGUUAGGAUCACUUAUCUAG